AUGGCGCAAGGCGACCGCCGCGACUUUGAGGAUACCGGCCAAGCCUUGGAAGCGCCGCUGCUGGCUCCCUCUUUUCAACUUGAGGAUCACCUUAAAACAAACUUCUGGGAAUGCACUUUCAACCUCACCAAAGUCAUCCUUGGAGCUGGCAUCAUGGCUCUUCCCAAGGCCGUUGCAAUGCUGGGAUGGGGCCUGGGCAUGUCGCUGCUGGUGGUUGUUGGCCUGCUGACCCACUUCACUGUGCACGGCCUGGUGUAUGCCUCCGACCGGUGUCGGCGGGAUACGUACUCGGCCCUGACGAGGACAGCCCUGGGUCCCCUGGCGGAGAAAGUGCUGCAGGCUGCAAUGCUGCUUGGCUGCCUGGGCUUUGAGGUCGUGUAUAUUGACAUUAUUGGAGACCUGCUAAUCGGCGAUGAGCCCGACCGCGACGGCCUGGUCACAGCAUGGCUUCCUUCCCAUCUCAGGCAUGAGUGGUGGGUGGGUAGGCCCUUCGUGUUGGCCAUUCUGACCGUUGCCGUACUGGCCCCGCUGACGUCACUUCGCACCAUGAACCACCUGGGCGCGGUCAACGUGGUCGGUCUGUUGUCACUGGUGGGCUUUGCGGGCGCGACGUGCUGGUUGGGCCUGGCAGCAGUGACCCAAGGGUCGGCCUACCAGAUGCCCUUUGGGCCCGAUAUGGAGGGUCUGGGACCGGACACGGCGUCCCGGAUUACUUCGGCGCUGGCGGUGGUGCCCAUCCUGCUUACCGCGGCAUCUUGCCACCAAUCCGUACAUCCCCUGCGCGCCAUGCUGGUGCCGUACAACCCCGCCGUACUUGAUCGCGUGGUCGCGCUGUCGCUGACCAUGGUCACGGUUCUGUUCAUGGUGGUGGCGUAUGCCGCAUACACGGCGUUUGGGCAAGACGUGCGAGGAAAUUUCCUGAACAACCUGUCGCCUGCACAGCUGAGUCCAUUGAUUGGGUCAACCGCCGCAACGGUCGUGUCGUUUGGCGUGAAGGGCGGCUACGCUGGCAGCCUUAUUGGGUCGUCGGUGCUCAUUAUGUUUCCCCUUCGGCAGUCAACGCUGGAGGUUGUCGCGCCCGCACAAGCCCUGCCGGGCGCACCGCCUGUGCCCGCGUCGUUGUAUUUGUCGUGCACGUAUGGCCUGCUCGUCGCUACGUACGGCAUUGCAGUGUUCGUACCCUCGAUCUGGGACGUCAUUAGUUUUGUGGGUGCUGUGUCCUGCACCAUAAUGUGUUUUAUCAUUCCCGCGGUGCUCAUCCUACAUUUUAAGGACCGCCCGACGAUGUCGCACGUGCUUCAAAGGGGAGCCGCGUGCUGGGAGAACUGCUGCGCGGCGCUUGGGGGCUACGCGGGGGUUUGCUACAGGGUGCAGGGAGCGAUAAUAGCGUGCAAGCCGUUUGGAAGUGGGCAGGCUGGGGAGCUUGAGGGGUUUGAAGCUGUGGCUGUGGUUGCGGAGGGAUGUGGGUUUGCAGGUAUGCUUCGUGGUCAUGCAUGUAACAUGCCUUGUUUAUGUCGGCGAGAGUUACCACUACGAAGGCUGGUCGUCUGCGGAUCGUGGUUUGGUAUUCAUAUUGUUUUCCGAGUUGGCGCAUGGCAAAAGGGCUAUGAGGGACGCAAGGGAAUUCGCUAG